UCAACUCAGGAAGUAAAUUGUAGAUAGAACUUGACCUAGACACAUGCCAUUCAAACUGAGUUCUUUCUAUAUUUAUUCACAUAAUGCAACAAAAUAUGUAACCUAUACACCAAUAAUUCAGUGUGACUUUGUGGGUAUUGCUUGUUCAAAUGGAUAUUAACUUGCUUUAUUGGAAAAACGAGGGAAAGACGUUCCUCAGUCGACUACGCCUCUGGUUUAAUAUUCUUGACCCAAGUUCCUUGCUCAGCUCUGAUGCUGAAAUAGAAAAUGCCCACUCACUCAUUGGAAGUGUGGAGAGAAAGCUGCAUGAUGAAAAGGCUGGAGAUGCAGCAUGGAUGCUUUCUCUUUCUUCUGUUCAUGCUGGUACUGGUGCUAUACUUCCAGCUGUUUUCCGUCCUCAAGCAUUUUUACCAAUAUCAGCCCCUUUGGUUGUUGCCAGCUUUUUGCCACACAGUGGAGUCAAACCGGCUCUAUUCUGGCAGUUUUUGCUUCAGAGUUACAGCGCUGGAUUCAAUCAUGCAAACAGAAACACAUCUUCUGACAAGGGGAUUAAGACAUCUUUGAAGCAGGGUCUGUUGAUUGUCGGAUCAGUUGCAUAUGCAACAUGUGCAGGGGCAAUUCCUCAAAUAGUCAUACAGCGACUUAGCAUGAGCAGCCCAGCUGUCCAGAUGUUUUUUAGGUCCAUAUUACCAAUUCCCCUCUCAGCCUCCCUGGCCUAUUUCAAUGUGGUCAUUGUCAGAAGUGAGGAGUCCGAGAAUGGAAUCCAGGUGUUUGAUUCCAAUGGGAAUUCUGUUGGAAUCUCUCGGGCAGCUGGAGCAAAGGCUGUGAAGGAGACUGCUCUCUCCAGAGCUGCUCUGUUAGGCACUACAGCUGCUGUUCCUAAUCUUCUUAUUUUCCUCUUGCAAAAGGCAAGGUUUCUGCAAAGGAGCCCCCUGCUGGUGGCUCCUAUACGUCACAUCAGCACUGCGAUCGUCCUGGGCCUGAUGAUCCCCGUGUCCUUCAGUCUCUAUCCACAGCUUGGAACAAUCAAAAAGGAAAAGCUGGAAAAAGAAUUACAGACUGCAGCUGUAAGUGGUGAACUAUUCUACCACAGGGGGCUCUGAGGCACCAGCAAACAAAUUCUGCAGACUGCAAUGUGGGAGCAGGAACACUUCAUUGAGUGGGCAUCACAAGAAGCAACCUUUUCAAGGCCACGGGAUGCAGUUUAUGGAAUAUGCACUGUUGCUUCAUACACAAGGAUGAUGAAUUGAGUCAUUAUUAAUUACAAAUUGAUAAAGGACA